AUGGCAUACCCACAAGCUGAACCGGUGGCCAUUAUCGGGAGUGCUUGUCGCUUUCCUGGCGCCAAUAGUCCCGAGGAGCUUUGGAAUUUACUUCUCAGACCUCGCGAUCUCAGCAAGAAGAUUCCUGAGGACCGAUUCAGUGCUGCGGGCUUUUGGAAUGCAGUUGGAUCGCAUCAUGGUACUUCUAAUGUAACGCAUUCAUAUUUCUUGGAGGGUGAUUCGCGACGGUUUGAUGCAAACUUCUUCAAUAUCAAUCCCCGGGAAGCAGCAUCAAUCGACCCUCAACACCGCUUGCUAUUAGAAACCGUCUAUGAAGCGUUGGAGUCCGCCGGCCUCUCGUUGGAGGCAAUGUGCGGUACCAAUACCGGGGUCUAUGCAGGCCUGAUGUGCGCCGACUAUCUGGAUUUACAGCUGCGGGAUCCAGAUACUAUAGCACAAUACCAUGCAACGGGUACAGCCCGCAGCAUCUUAAGCAAUCGGGUAUCUUACUUUUUCGACUGGAAGGGCCCUUCAAUGACUAUCGACACGGCCUGCUCCUCGAGUCUGGUGGCUGUACACUUGGCUGUGCAGGCACUUCGGCAUAGCGAGUGCUCAACAGCUAUUGCUGCCGGAGCAAACUUGAUUUUGGGACCGGAGAUGUAUAUCGCGGAGUCAAAUCUACACAUGCUAUCCCCAACAGGCACAUCCAAAAUGUGGGAUGCCGACGCUAAUGGCUAUGCACGGGGCGAAGGGAUUGGAGUGGUAGUCCUGAAGCGGUUGGGAGAUGCCUUGCGUGCAGGAGAUCCGAUUGAAUGCGUGAUUCGAGAGACUGCGGUCAACUCCGAUGGACGGACAAAUGGAAUUACAAUGCCCUUGGCCACAAGCCAAUCGUCAUUGAUCCAAGAAACCUACCGCAAAGCAGGACUGAAUCCACUCAGUGAGCUUGACCGGCAUGUACCCUCAUUCCCCAGACCAUGCAGCCUCAACCUUGCUAACCUGUCUCUCAGAUGCCAAUUCUUUGAGGCUCACGGCACAGGAACCCCAGUGGGAGAUCCGCUAGAAGCGGAGGCUAUCAAAUGCGCUUUCUUUCCCGAUCAACAUCCUGCAUGCGCAGAACCACCAAGGCAUCUAUUGAAUGUCGGCUCCGUUAAGACUGUCAUUGGCCACACGGAGGGCGCCGCCGGGAUAGCGGGUCUUCUUAAAGCCUCGCUGGCACUUCAGAAUGGGGUUGUUCCUCCGAAUCUGCAUUUCAACCGUCUGAAUCCUAAGAUUGCUCCGUUUUAUGCAAACUUGCAUGUUCCGACGGUGCCUCUGUCGUGGCCUAAAGUUGAGGUGGCCCGCGCCUCAGUCAAUAGCUUUGGAUUUGGUGGAACCAAUGCACAUUGUGUAUUUCAUGGAGUGCAACAGCUCCUUCCCAUGUGCGGAAGUUCCCUGGCGACGACCGCGCAACAUGAAUCACCACUUAUCUUUCCAUUAUCGGCGUGUUCACAGCGAUCUUUGACUCGCCUGGUGCAAAGAUACGCAGCAUAUAUUGCCGCCAACUCAUCAGUGGAUUUACAAAAUGUGGCAUUUACAGUACGGAGUCGCUCUGCUCUCUCUGCCAAGCACUGCUUUGUUGCACUAUCUAGGGGCUCGUUAAUCGAGCAGUUAAGCUCAUACACGGCACCCAGCCACAGCAUUGGACAGAGGGCACAUGCUCAACUCGCAAGAGUUACUGCUGGUGUCCCUCGUGUGCUUGGUAUCUUUACCGGCCAGGGCGCGCAGUGGCCAACUAUGGGUCGCAAUCUCAUUCUUCGGUCGCCAGUCUUUGCUGCCACUAUUGAACGUCUGGAUAUCGUGCUUGGACGGGUUCCAAACCCGCCAGACUGGUGUCUCCGCGACGAAUUGCUUGCAGAUGCGGGUUCAUCGCGUUGCUCUGAUUCUGAAUUCUCUCAGCCUCUUUGUACGGCAGUUCAGAUUGCCUUGGUUGACUUACUUCACAGUGUGGGGGUUCGGUUCAACGUGGUUGUGGGACAUAGCAGUGGGGAAAUUGCUGCCGCCUAUACCGCGGGAUGUCUCUCAGCUGAGGAGGCGAUUACAGUGGCUUACUACCGCGGGUACUACUCGCACCGAGCCUCUUCAACAACUGGGGCUAAGCUCUCAAUGAUGGCCGCUGGAAUCGGGUUUGCGGAAGCCCUACGCAUGUGUGACCGUGCUGAGUAUAAAGGAAAGAUUUUCCCCGCAGCCAGCAAUGCGCCAUUCUCAACCACAACCAGUGGUGACGAAAAGUCACUUCAUCAAGCUCUGUCGGAAUUGGCCAGUCAGGAGAGGUUUGCACGCAUGCUACGGGUCGACAAAGCGUAUCAUACGCCUUAUAUGCGUCCCUGCGCACUGCCCUACUUGAAUUCCUUGCAUCAAUCCAACGUUCAAGGUCGGAUUGGGGAUCCUUCAUGCACAUGGAUAUCUUCAGUACAUGGCUUUGAGAUGGAUAUAAGCUCUGACCCGGUGAACAGUGACUACUGGGUAGAAAACCUUCUCCAGCCUGUCCUUUUCUCUGAAGCCCUGGGCCAAGCUAUUCGAGAUCAUGGCCCCUUCUCACUUGCUCUAGAGGUCGGUCCGCAUCCUGCUUUGAAGGGGCCGACCGGACAGAACCUCAAGGCCUUUGGUCACAAUGAGAUUCCUUAUCACGGCUCACUCACUAGAGGUGAAGAUGACACACUCGCUCUCGGCCAGUGUCUGGCUAGUGUGUGGGCAACACUCGGCCCCUCUGCGGUCAACCUGUCCAAACUGGCAUCUUCCUUGGGCGGCGAGGCUGCCUCUCGACCACUCAGGAUCAUGAAGGCUCUGCCCACAUACCCGUGGGAUCACGAGACAAUACACUGGAGGGAGUCUCGCCGGUCAAAACAGUACUGUAGCCGUCCGGCUCCCCACGAGCUGCUUGGUGCAUGCACCGAACGGUCCGAAGGCCAAAUCUGCUGGCGCAACAUAUUCCAUGUCCAUGAAAUCUCGUGGCUGCGGGAUCACAAAGUGCACGGGGAAGUUGUCUUCCCCGCCGCGGGUUACUGUGUGAUGGCCAUUGAAGCGGCAAUGGCAUUUUUGGCCCAACCGAUUCGUCUCAUUGAGCUACAGCAGCUUGUUAUCCACCGGGGAGUCCGUAUCGAAGAUAAUUCUAUUGGCACCGAGAUGAUUUCCACUCUGUCACUGGCCCCUACAGGGAACGAUAGCAGGUCCUCUCCAGACCUGUCCACUGCCGCCUUUAAUUUCUCUCUCACCGCGGGAAAGGCAGAUGGUACGGAGCAAUCCAGCAUUCGAUUUGAAACUAAGAUCUCGGUCACAUUGGGCAAUCCCCAUAUCGCCACGCUCCCUGCGUCCCAGCGAAACUCAGCAGAGUGGCCCGCUGCCGAUGUUGACAGGUUCUAUCUGUCCAUGCAGGAGAUUGGUUUGGAGUAUACUGGCGUCUUCCGCUCAAUGACGAGCUGUGAACGCAGGUGGAAGAAAGCUUCCGCUCGUAUAGCACCGAUCCCCAGCUCCAUGAUCAUACACCCGGGAUUCCUGGAUACCACUUUCCAAACGCUCUUCCUAGGAAUGGCAGCGCCAGGGGAUGAGAGCCUUCGGACUACAUAUCUGCCGACGAAGAUACAGUCUAUCCGAGUCAAUCCCGCAAUAUUGGAAGAUGGUAGUCCUGUUGCGAUGCCAUAUCGUAUUGACACAACUAUUACAGACCUUCAUUGCCCGACUCAGGAAAGUCAGGCAUCGUUCACUGGAGACGUUGACGUGUACAGUGAUGGGAACUGCGUAAUUCAGAUCGAAGGGCUCGCAUGCGUGGCCCUUGGGUCGCUGACAAAGGCUGACGACCGCAACAUGUUCCACACGACCACCUGGGAGCUAGAUAUUCUAUGCGGAAUGUCGGCAUCCCGGGUGUCUCCUGAGUCAGAGUAUCUUGCGUUACUGGAGGAGUACGAGAGCAUAGCCCGUCAGUACGUUGAAGGACGUUGCGUCUCCAGUUCCACGUUGUCGAGCCCGACGUCGCCUGGUGAACAAUUGAUAGAUGCACUGCAUGCGGGAAGAAACAACCAUCAUACCAAUGGGAUCGAAAACCGGUCUCACUCACGAGACUAUUGGCAGUCAGGCGUUGGCCCUCAACGCAUCCGCAAAUAUCUAGCGCAGACUGCCAAGCAGAUCGCCCAUAAACACCCUCGGAUGACAAUCAUGCAACUGAUUCAUGUCAGUGAUGAUGAGGGAUCCGCUGUUCGGAUGAUACUCGAUUCAUUGGAAGAUUCUUUCGCGUCGUAUGUGGUUACAGGCCUGUCCGAAGAUGUGUUGAGGCAUGCGCAGGCCUGCGUAGCCACCCCCGAUGAGCGGGUGCGAUUCGACGUCUUCGAUACAUUCCAGCGCAGUCUCAAUGGAGACAGUGAGCAGGGCUUUGACCUCGUGAUUGCGAACCUUGGUCAGUCACCCGAAUCAGACAAGGCUCACCAGGUGCUGAAUAGUGUCCGACAAUUAUUGAGACCGGGUGGAUAUGUCCUCCUUCAAGCUGUUACUGGAAGGGGUCUUUUUCCCGGCCUGAUCCUUGAUAACCUUGUGGGGCAUAGCUCGGGGCCGAUGGCUAGGAGUGAGGCAACGUGGGAGAAGACGCUGAGAAAUCUCGGAUAUUCUGGCAUUCAAUCAAUGGUAUAUGAUUCAGGAAUGGCCCACCCUCACUGCCAUUCCCUAAUCCUGUCGCAAGCCAUGACGCCCUCCUUGAGCCAGAUCCUACGACCAUCAAUCGUACUCGACCCGCUCUCUUCGGAAGAAAAGAUACUAAUAAUUGGUGGCGAGACAGCACUCGGUUCGCGUGUAGUAUGCGAGCUUCAACCUCUUCUUAGGCCAUGGAAGAACUCUAUACUCAUUCUUCCUUCUUUAACUGAUAUUGCUUCCUUCGACUCGCAUGUUGCGAAACAUGUCCUAUGUCUGGCCGACUUUGAAGCUCCCAUCUUUCGAGACUUCAGCCCCUUACACUUCGAUGCCCUUCAGAAGCUUUUUCAACAGCCCCGGAACGUAUUUUUGGUGACAAGGGGUUUCAAUCAAGGUGAUCCCUAUAGCUCCAUGACUGUUGGACUUGCCCGCGUUCUCCGUACUGAGCUGCCUUCAUCGAAUGUGGUCCUUCUGGAUGUGGAUCGAGACGACAAUCUGGAUACCGCCCAGCUUGCCACACUGUUUGGCCAAUUCAUAAGCGGAAUUCAGCUACAGUCAGACGACACGCGGACCCUUCUAAAGCAAGAGUUAGAGAUGGCACUGGAAAACGGCGAUCUUUACAUCCCUCGAAUCAAGCAUGCAAAAGAUAUGAAUGACCGAUUCAAUUCCGCGUUUCGACAAAUCCCGGCGACUCAUCAACCUCAGCUCACUGCGCAGCUCAACGUCCCAUUCGAGAAGCCAGUACCUAUUCGAGUCCUUUGCCGCUCUUCCAGUGCCUUGAUGGUUGACGACGAUGCAUCUUACUUUCUCUGCUUGGGGAAGGCGCGGUUGGGCAACUUGGAGCAGUGUGUACUCGCGUUUACACCCUCUGCGGAUGAUCUGGUCUUCCUUGAGGAACUGUCUCUUCUCCAAUGCAAUAUUGAUAAAGAUAUGGCCCCAAAAGUACUACCUGCAGUAAUCGGUUUCUAUAUUUCCGCGCGCAUACAAAAAUUUGCCUCAAGUGGCAGAACAGUUAUCUUCACCAACGAACCCUUGUUGGCCCGAGCUCUCGUUUCGACUGUGGAGGAAACAGAGCACAUAUCUAUAACACUCGCUACUUCGAACCUAUCGAUCGCACUGUGGCACGAAUCUAUAGCCUACUGGCAUCCAUACACUGCCACACGGAACAUCAAGCAUCUUCUUCCACCUGACAUAAAUCUCUUCAUCAACCUAGAAAAGGAGCCAAACUCACUGUGCGAUCGUGUCCUCAAUGCACUGUCGUCAAAAUGUACCAUACGCGGAAGAGAACAUUUCUUCUCUGCGCAUGCAAGGCAACCCCAAAGUGGAUUGAGCAGAAGCUACAAAGAGUACUUGCAAUUUCUAUGGAGUCAGUACAACGGACACGCAAACUCUCUACCACCUGCGACUGAAAUCGAGUCACUCGGGGCCACCGAAGUUUGUGCAAUCGAGCAGUAUCGAUCGGAGACGCUAGUUCGACGCCUAGAUGCCCGAGCAUUCUUCCGCGAUGAUGCCACAUACUUCUUGGUCGGCAUGACAGGUGAACUGGGUCACUCCUUGGCGCGUUGGAUGGUCGCGCACGGGGUGCGCUACCUCGCAAUCGCCAGUCGAUCCCCCAAGCCUGCGAGAUGGUAUCAAGAACUUGAGGAGCAGGGGUGCCAAGUAUUGGUCCUGAGUCUCGAUGUCUGUGACCGUGAAGAUUUGCAGCGCGUUCAUGCGCAGAUUCAUCGAGCGAUGCCACCAAUCGCCGGCAUUGUGAACGGAGCCAUGGUGCUCGCCGAUGGUGCGUUCGUGAACAUGUCCUACGAAGAUUUUGUUCGGGUCUUGGAACCAAAAGUGAAGGGGACAGAGAACCUGGAUCAGCUAUACAAUCAGCCAGGCUUGGACUUCUUCAUCCUCUUGUCUAGCACUGCCACCCUGAUUGGCAAUUCGGGACAAAGUAACUACUCAGUAGCCAAUAUGUAUAUGCAAGGGGUUGCAAGGCGACGACAGCACCGGGGACUGGCGGGAUCGUGUGUUGAUAUUGGCAUGGUCCUGGGUCUCGGUGUGGUGACUCGUAACGUGACUCAUGAGAAGACCCUACGCAAGGCUGGUCUGCUCGCGAUUUCGGAGACGGACUUCCACUGCAUCUUCGCAGAAGCUAUGCGCGUAGGAUGGGAAGGUGUCACGGACUCGCCAUGUUUCUCAACUGGCCUGCAUGUUCCCCCGGGGCAAUCGAGGCCGCAGUGGUACGAUGACCCGCGAUUUGCGCACUUUCAUGUAAUGGAAGAUCUGGAUUCGAAGUCGCAGCACCGAACAAGAACUCAACUCCUCCAAGAUCGCCUCAGAAACCCUGUCGAAAUGGCCGUUGCCGAAUCUUGGAUUCAGGAAGCGUUCAUUACAAUGCUGCAAAAACUCCUGCAGUUGCCGGGUCCAAUCACCAAUAUCACGCAACCCUUGACCCAGUUGGGAAUUGAUUCCUUACUCAGCACAGAGAUCAAAGGGUGGUUUUAUAAGGAGCUGAACUUUCACGUUUCGGUUCUGAAGCUUCUAGGAGGUACUUCUAUCAUCGAAAGUAAGCCUCUCCCCAUUCCGGACCCGUAUGAACGAGUCCUGACGUGUUCCCUUAUAACCACCCCAACGCGUAAUAGUGAGCAGAUUCAGGAGGAGACAGAAUCUUAUGCCGAUCAAAGUGAAGGUUCUAGCUCGGAUCAGGGGACAUCUCGGGCGAGUCAAUUCACACCUGCCAGUACCCUAGAUUUCACCCCUCAGGCAGUGGAUGACCCCCAGAGCUCGAGUACACUCUCUUUGAGAAACCUGCUCCCAUUGUCUGUGGAGCAAGAAAAGAUGUACUUCAUGCUGGCCACCGUGGAUGAUCCGACCAUGUAUAAUUGCACCAUCCAGUACGAGCUGCACGGCAAUCUGGAUAUGGAACGCUUUAAAAUCGCGGUCAUUCACGUUGCGCAGAGGCACGAAUCACUCCGAACAGCGUUUGUCACUCAAGCUGCCGAUGGCAUGCCUCGGCGAGCAAUUUUAGAAAGUUCGCAAAUCGGCUGGUGGGAGCGGACUAGCGGUGAUCCUCUGGAAGCAUCCCUUGAGAUUUCCCGGGUCCACAGUCACGAGUACGACCUGGCCAAAGGGCAGAGUAUGGUAAUAUCUAUUUUACACACCAGUCUUCAGCAUCAUAUCAUGACAUUUGGCUACCACCAUCUAAUCAUGGACGGAGUCAGUUGGCAACUAUUACUACGCGAAUUUGCUGCCGCCUAUCAAGAUCCGGAUCUCCUGGCCCCCGUCAUCUCGCAGUACAGUGCAUUCUGUGACGAAGCACUUAUGAGAGCCGCUUCAAGGGACGACGCCCUUGAACGUUCAAGGCUUCUUGAAACAGCAUCGCCUCUUCCUUUAUUCCCUUUUGCCCGGGUGAGCUUCCGCCAGGUUCACACCUGCUAUGAGACGAUUCAGGUGAGUUCGCAGCUGGAUGCAGGCACAUCUGCCAAAGUCAAAGCUGUGAGCUCCCGUACUGGUGUUACAUCCUUCCAUUUUCAUGUCGCUGCUAUACAAUUGUUAAUACAGAAAGUUCUCGAUAUCGACAAGUUCAUGAUUGGGAUAACCAAUGCCAACCGAGACAACCCUCGCUUCGAAAAGGUAAUUGGACAUAUGGUUGAGGUUGUGCCUUUGUGCUGUGAGCCGCAGAGCAGUUGUACGUUCACAGACCUGCUGCAGGAUACUCGAGCUCGAGUCUUAGCAGCACUGGCUUCUCCCAGCGCAUCACAAAAGCCAAUGUCCGCUGAGCAGAUGCACACCACGGAAUGCAAUGUGGCAGUGAACUAUAUCGCCAAAUUCACCCAGGAUAUCCGUUUUGACCAAUCCACUCUAAAAUAUUCGACCUCACAGCUCGCUCGACAACCCUAUGACUUGGUAUUCACGAUCCGUGAGAAUGAAGAUGGAACAAUGCUACUCAACUUUGAGGCCCAAAAGUAUCUCUAUUAUGAGAAAGACCUUCGUAUUUUAAUGUCGCUGUACACACAGCUGACUGAGACUUUUUCCAUGGGGACAGAGUCUCGUCUCGAGUCCUAUGAAUGCAUUGCAGCUUCUGGGAUGCCUUCUCUUCAUCUGCAACAAGGGCCCGUGUUGGACCAUCCUUGGUCAGGAUGCCUGACCAAGCGCAUCAGGAAAACGAUAACUACAUACCCGGCGGAUCUAGCCAUCAAAGAUGACUCCGGGAUGCGUCUUACGUAUGAGACCAUGCACUCCCGAAGUCUCUCAAUCAUGCAAAUUCUGCUGGAAGCAGGGGUCAGCUUUGGUACGCCAGUAGCAGUAGCCUGUGGACCUUCGGUGGAUACCGUGUGCACCCUCCUGGCUAUUUGGUGGAUUGGUGCAAUCUAUAUGCCGGUGGAUUUGAUGCAGGGGCAUCAGCGCCUAGCUCAUAUCAUCGACGUCAGCCGACCCGCGGCCAUUGUGUGCAAGGGUCCACUCGGCCAGCUCGAAACCUCGCAUAUCGCCCCGGUCAUUCAACUCCCCCAGGUCCUCCAACCCACCACUCUUGGCCAUCAGGACUAUGCAGAUGAAAACUCGCCAGCCGCCUUGCUCCACACUAGUGGUUCGACUGGGGUGCCCAAGGGUGUUCUUCUAAGCCAUCGGAAUCUUCGAUGCCACUUCAAUGCCACGGAGCAAGCAUUCCCGAUUGGCCGGCAAGUGGUCUUACAACAUAGUUCGCAUAGCUUUGAUGCCGGGCUUUUCCAAAUUCUGUUGGCCCUCCUGCACGGUGGGACAUUGGUCAUCACCAACAACCUUAAAGAGCCCGGUCAGCUAGCUGAACUCAUGCUUCGCGAACAUGUCUCCGUAGUCACAGCAGUACCCUCUGAAUAUGCCCUCUGGAUUGGCGAGGCUGGUCAAUUGCUGAGCGAGCUUGGCUCCUGGCGAUUUGCAUUCUGCGUUGGAGAGAAGCUGAGCAGGGCCACCAUUCAGGCGUUUGUUAGCCUUGGGCUUCCGGACCUGACCUUGAUUAACGCAUACGGCCCAUGUGAGACAACUAUGGCUUGCACAAUGGGGGUGAUAGAUUACGAACGCGUCGAUGGGGAUUCCCAGAGUGUCUCUAUCGGGGAACCGCUGUCAUCAUAUGGGAUUGCGAUUCUAAAUUCGCAGUUAAAGUCCGUUCCACAAGGGUGGCCGGGUGAGAUUUGCAUUGCCGGUGCUGCCGUUGCUCUCGGGUAUUUGGACGUUAAGGACGAAGAGGGUCGCUUCGUCGAACUAGAUGGCGUUCGAGUUUAUCGGACUGGGGACCGUGGCCGACUGCGAGAGGAUGGAUCACUCGAAUACCUUGGGAGAGUUGAUGGAGAUUCGCAAUUAAAACUGCGAGGUAUUCGAUUGGAGUUGGACGAGAUUUCCAAUGCUCUCCUCCAAGCGUCGGCGGGAGCAUUGGUCGAUGCAGCAACCAUUGCCAAGGGUGAUCCAGAUGACCUAUAUCUGGUCAGCUUCGUAGUUCUAUCUCGCGCAGUAGAGAUAGAGGAUAACAUUGACCUUUUCAUUAAGCAGUUACUAGAUACUGUGGCGCUACCUCCGCACGCAAAACCGGCCCAAGUCAGUAUCGUGACUAGGAUUCCUCUGACUUCAAGUGGCAAGGUGGACAGAAAAGCCCUAGGUCGGCUUCCCGUCGGUCAAUCCGGGUCUUCGUCGGAACAACCAGUGCUCGAAAUUAUCGAACGGAAGCUGCUAGAAAUGUGGAAAGAGUAUCUGCCCUCAACUGGGCUACCAAUCACUCGAGAAACUAGUUUUUUCGAGCUGGGGGGCAAUUCACUACGGCUUUUAAAACUUCAGGCACGAAUCCGGCGCGUGACCGGUAUCAGCAUACCGAUCACUGAGUUGUUCCAGUCGUCCACAUUGGGGGAAAUGGCUCGGUUGGCUGGAACGGUGGUCACCAGGAUCAGAGCCUCCUCAAAAGCGAUUGACUGGGACUCUGAGACAGCGAUUCCUGACUACCUGGAUCAGAUCAAGCCUCUUCCCACGCAGCCAAAUGGAGCUGUUCGGGAGGUGAUUCUGACGGGUGCCACAGGAUAUUACGGAAGGGCAAUUUUGGAGGCGCUGGUAGAGAUUCCGUCUGUGGCUCGCAUUCAUUGCAUUGCCAUACGGCCUGCUCCCGACGGUUCCCCGCGUCAAGAACUGCCCGUCAAAUCCUCGAAGAUUUGUCUCUACAGUGGCGAUCUAUCGGACCCAACAUGUGGGCUCAAUGCUGUGGAUGUCGACAAACUGACACGCACCGUGGACUGUGUCAUUCACAAUGGGGCCGAUGUUUCCUUCGUCAAACCCUAUGCUGCUCUACGAAAGGCUAAUGUCCUGUCAACCAAGUACUUGUUCUCUCUCUGUCUCGCGCGCCGUAUCCCUUUUCAUUAUAUUUCCACGGCCAGUGUGACCAGCCUUUCGGAGCGUGAUACGUUUUCCGCCGCAUCAGUGGCGGGAUUUCCCCCGCCAUCAUUCAACAAUGAUGGUCACAAUCCGUUGGUGUCGGGCUACGUAGCUAGCAAAUGGGCCAGCGAGGUAUUCCUCGAGCGAGCCUGUGCCCGGUUCUCGGAUCUCAUGCCAGAUGUGCACAUCUAUCGUCCCACUAGUAUCACCACCGCCAGCAGCCCCCAUGAAUCACUGUCCGAUGCUUCUGCGGGGAAUACGAAUAUCAUCGGCGCAAUCUUGGAUGUGAGUCGGUUCCUGCACGCAGUGCCUGAUACUCGAGAUUGGAGAGGUUAUAUCGACCUGAUCGGUUUGAACGGUGCUGUCGAAUCCUUAGUCCGGAAUAUCACCACCACUCGUUCCACGGCCUUACCGUCAGCUCUCAAUGAGGCAUCGAAGGAGAAUGACGGCUUACCUUGCCAAAUUCGCUACAUGAAUGUCUGCGGUGAGACACGCUUCAAGGCUAGUGAGCUCAGGGAAUUCAUGGAAGGGUCUGAUCAAGCAGCUUAUCUACAACUACCAUGGGGAGUUUGGCUGGAGAAGGCCCGGGCAGGCGAGGUGAUUGAUGCUGGGGUUGCUGAUUUUCUAGGUGAGUGGGAAGCUGCGACUGCUGCCGACUACUGGAGAACAUCGCCCUCUUCUGCGCGGUCUCCAUUUCUGCUACCUUGGUUGGAAUAA